AUGCUCGUGCUGAACGAGCAGAGAGAUAACGCAAGGCCGGUUACGUCAGCACCGCGAGACAUCGCUCCUCGUCUGGUCGGAACAAGAGGCUCACCGCGUCAACCAAAAUUUUUGCAAACUCUGGGAUUCGCGGUGCGACCCAUUAUGAUGACCGGCAUCCUGAACGUCGGAGACGAGCCGAUCUUCGAUGAUCGUAUCGUCAAAAUCGAGACUCACGCGUACAACCCGUUGCCAACACGACAUUUGGUACAGCGACGAGAUAAGAAUACCCAUACAGCAACAGGAUCUGUACACAUUGCCGUGCGACAGUUAUCUGUAUAUCGAGGGAAAACUAACGAAGAACAGAAGGAUGAGGGAGCUGACGUGGUUUUGACAAAUAAUUGCGUCGCGUUCAUGUUCGAUGAAAUUCGAUACGAACUCGACGGCGUGGAGAUUGAUCGCUGCAGAAACGUGGGCAUAACUAGCACGCUCAAACAUUAUGUCACAACCUCGUCCGACAGAAGCGUGAUUCUGAGGAACGCCGGCUGGGACCCGCUCACCAGCAACGAGGGAUUCUUCAAUUUCUGCGUACCUCUCUAUGCGCUGCUGGGAUUCUGCGAAGAUUACAAACGCGUGGUGAUCAACGCUCGUCACGAGUUGAUUCUUAUACGAUCGCGCAACGACAACAAUUGUCUGACGGGAGAUGAAGCGACGGAACCCUGGAUUGAAUUGUCGAAGAUACAAUGGCGAAUGCCGCACGUGUUACUGAACGAAAUAAACAAGUUGUCGAUGCUGCGCGCUCUGGAGAGCGGGCGCUACCUGAGCAUGGCUUUUCGCUCGUGGGAUCUGUACGAGUUUCCGCUGUUGCAGCAGACGACCAAGCAUUCGUGGGCCAUAAAGACCGCUACUCAGCUCGAGAAGCCGCGAUACGUCAUCUUCGCUCUGCAAACGGGUCGAAAGAACGUCAUGAGCGAGGACGUGAGCCGAUUCGAUCACUGCAACCUGACGAACGUGAAACUCUAUCUGAACGCGGAAUGCUAUCCGUACGACGACAUGAAUCUGGAUUUCGUUAGGAACAAGUGGGCCGUUCUCUACGACACGUACGCGCGUUUUUGCAAGGGGUACUACGGAUACGAGUAUCUCGAACCGAGUCUCACCACCACAACAUUUUUACGCAACGGCCCGUUCGUGAUCAUCGAUUGCUCUCGUCAGAACGAAUCGGUCAAGAGCGCGACCGUGGACGUGAGACUGGAAUUCGAGACCAAGGAGAACGUGCCGUUGAGCACCACCGCGUAUUGCCUUAUCAUACACGAUCGCGUGAUUCAGUACAACCCGUUGACCAACGUUGUUCGCAAGAUCAUCUGA